UGGCCGCGGUGCGGCCGCUGCCAUGUUGGCCGAAGUGGCGUUCUCUGCCGGGGCAACUGGCUCUGGCUGCGGCUGCCAGGUCCUUGUGCACAGGGUCUUCCUUCUUCCCCUCGCCCGCGGUAGGCGCUGAGAGGCGGCGUCCGGCGGGAUGGAGAAAAGUAGGAUGAACCUGCCCAAGGGGCCGGACACGCUGUGCUUUGACAAGGACGAGUUCAUGAAGGAAGACUUUGAUGUCUAUCACUUUGUGUCUGACUGUCGGAAGCGAGUCCAGCUGAAAGCACUUAGAGAUGACCUGGAGCUCUACUAUAAGCUGCUUAAAACAGCCAUGGUUGAGCUCAUCAACAAGGACUAUGCAGACUUUGUCAACCUGUCAACAAACCUGGCUCUUGUCCUACACUGCCAGCGGCCAGCACCACCUACCGUCCCUUACUCUGCAGCUGUCUUUAUAACCAGCCUUCUCCUCAUCAGCCAAGACCUCACCUGCCUUUUUAAUCUCAAGAAGCUUCUCUGAGAUUCUAAGAUCAUUGAGGGAUAAGACUGUUUCUGUCUAAUUCAUCAUUGUAUCCUCAUUGGCUGACGGUUAGUAGACAUUUCAUGUUUAUGGAAUGAAUUAAUUCACUUUUCUAUAAAGUUUUUGUGAUUUGUCUGGUGGUGGUGGUUUAGUCGCUAAGUCGUGUCUGACUCUUGCGACCCCAUGGACUGUAGCCUGCCAGGCUCCUCUGUCCAUGGGAUUCUCCAGGCAAGAGUGCUGGAGCGGGUUGCCAUGUCUAGUUUAUUCUCAUCCUUUCUUUUACUUUUGCUUUGGCCUGAUUCUUCAUAUUUUGUUUCAUUUAUUAGCUUCUGGACAUGUUUCUCCACCUAUGAGCUGCCGUUUCCUGGCCAUUCUUUUCCUUACUCCUUGAUUCGUAAUAUCCUUAGAACAACGUGGCAUCAUGAAGUAUCAGUACUUAAGGAUUGUUUAGCUCCUGAUAGAAUCUAGUCUAAAAUUCUCCUAAAUCAACACCCCUCCCCCCGCCAUUUAUUUCUACUUUUCUCCAAAAUGAAGCCUGCUGUGCACCCAGGUGCACCCUCCAACCCUGAGUGCGCCCUGUCAGUUGCACCUUUCCACCCUCUGUCUUCCAGUGACUGCUCUCCUCCACCGUCAGCCUCCACAGGCUCUCCAAGUCAGACUCGAGUUCCAUCCCCUGGGCCACAUUUUCCUAUUCUUUGAUUCAGAUGAUUCUUUCUGUACUCUGACCACGUAUGUCGGUGAUUGUAUAUGUAUUGGGUUGGCCAGCAAGUCCCACUGGUUUUUAAGUAAAAAUAAAAGACACAGUUUUCAUUUUCACCAAGAACUUAAUUGAACAGUGUAUUCACAGUUUUGUUCCACUACCUUCUGCCAUUUUUUUCAGGCAGCUUCAUAAUUCCGUCUUCCCAAAACUUUUUAUAUUUUUGAGCAAAGAACUGUUGCAGGUGUCUUUUAUGGUCUUCAGGGAAUUGAAAUUUUUCCAUUAGGAGAAUUUUGUAAAGACCAAAAUAAGUGAGAAUCUGAAAGUGCAAUGUCUGGUGACUGUGGUGGAUGAAUCAGAACUUCCCAGUCAAGCUGUAACAGUUUUUGCCUGGUCAUCAAAGAAACGUGGUCUUGAGUUAUCCUGGUGCAAGAUUAUGCGUUUUCUCUUGACUAAUUCCAGAUGCUUUUCGUCUAGUACUGCCUUCAGUUCGUCUAAUUGGGAGCAAGUACUUGUUAGAAUUAAUCGUUUGAUUUUCCAGAAGGAGCUCAUUAUAGAGAGUUCCCUUCCAAUCCCACCAUAUGCACAGCAUCACUUGUGGAUGAAGAGCAGCCUUACGUAUGAUUGUGGUGGUUCAUUUUGCUUGCCCCACGAGCUCUUCCAUUCCACAUAAUUGUACAGUAUCCACAGAGGAUGAGAUGGUUGGAUGGCAUCAUCGACUCAAUGGACAUGAGUUUGAGCAAACUCUGGGAUGCAGUGAAGGCCAGGGAAGCCUGGCGUGCUGCAGUCCGGGGACAACUGAGCAACUGAACAACAGCAGCAAUCCACUUUUCUCUCUCCUGUCACAAUUUGUUUUAAAAAGUAAACAUUUUUGUUACUUUUAAGUAGAGAAUUCCCUGUGGAAAUAUGGUCAAGAAGGUUGCUUUUUCCCUUCACUUAUGUGGAACCCAAACAUGAAAACGAUUCACAUAACCAAGCUGGUGCAAAUGGUGUUCAGCAAUUGAUUUGAAUAUUUUGAGUAUGUUGGCCAUCUCCUACAUGGUAUAACAUUGAUUGUUCUCAGUUAAGGUCUCAAUUUGAUUGCUGUCAACCUCAACUGCUCUUUUCAACUGUGGCAAAAUCUAUCCAGUGAGAAGUCUGCAGCACAGAUCUUUGCAAGCCAUUUUGGCACUUCAGUCAGCCACAGCACCUUCUCCAUACACUGCACAAACCUUACUUUGCAUUUCAGUUGUAUUCUUACCUUUCUUGAAAUAAUAAAGCAUAAUAUGCAGAAAAUGUUGCUUUUUUUCUCCUUUAAUAUUAAAAUGACUGCACAAAAAUUCAGUAGUCUUGAUUUUUUUUUAAUGCGCACUGAUAUGACAGCUGUCACAAUACAGUCUUACAAAAUUAUUUCUAAUGAAAUUAAAGACAGCCAAGCACUACUAGAGCCAUCUUAUGGUAAAAAAGUAAACUAACUUCUUUGCCAACCCAAUAUUAUUAUUCUUUUGGCCAUUAAUCCUCUGUGAUCUUGGCUUUAUAUGUCAUUUUGCCUUCGAAUCAUGAGUACCCUCAGCAGCAGGUGUAUUUGAUAUUAUGUAUUUUUGUCAAUAUCUAUAUAAUAUUGGCCCAAAGAUAAUUAAGUUACAUGGAAUUUAAUGUGUAAGUUUUGUAAUGCCACAAAACAAUUUCUGCAGUAUGUUUUCUUUAUUCUU